UUGCCCGGAGGAAAACCCUGGCAAAAUGCGCGUGCUUUCAAGUGCCCAAGGCUUCACGUUUCUCAUCCUUCCCGGCUUGCUUGUGUUCUCUGCUCUUAGUAGGACAGUUUACGAACAUAUAAUGGUUCGUGUGGAUCACGCAAAUCGAGAGGGCAGAGCUUAGCUGACUCAAUUGCAUCAAUUUUUCUAGUUUCCUCUCACGCUGGCGAGUGAAUACAGCGCGAGGCGAGACGGAGAACAGCACCGACCGCCACAGGGAUGUAUACCAAACACAGACAGAAAAACGGACACAUUUCAUCGACAAGAUAUGUGCUUGUAAUGCUACCGUUUUUGCUGUUUAACGGCUUACUGGAAAUUGUAGGCGGAAAUCCUCGGGAGGAAGUGGUAGACAGAGGACAGAGAGUGACAGCACACUGGAUCUCUCACGACACAGCACAGCAAGAGACUGAAACUGCAUUUAAGGACCAGUUCCCAGAGAGGGGGGAGAUUCUGGUGUCAGCCCAGGACGUGAAAUUGGUUCUACAAGUUGAACGGAAUCAGGAGCUCCUGGGUCACGACUUCACUGAAACUCACUAUGAGAAUGGCCUCCCUGUCACCCAAACCAGCAAUCACACUGAUCAUUGCUUCUAUCACGGGAGGGUCAGGGGUCAUGCUGACUCUUGGGUCGCUCUGAGCACAUGUUUGGGAAUGAGAGGUCUGAUUGUCUUGAACUCAGAUGAUACAUACUACCUGGAGCCAAUCAGAGGCCAGGAGAUUCUCCACCACACCUUCUAUCGCACUGAAGACCUGUCAAUCAAAACCGGCACAUGUGGACACAGCCAUCAAACUGGACACCUGAGCUUGUUCAGUGGUCAUCUUAAACCUUUGCAUCAAAGGGUUAGACGAAAUGCCUGGGGUACUACAAAGUACAUGGAACUGUAUAUAGUAGCUGACAACACACUGUACAGAAAGCAAAACAAGGACCUUGACAAAACUAAACUGAGGAUAAUGGAAAUUGCUAAUUAUGUAGAUAAGUUCUACAGAGAAUUGAACAUUCGUGUACCUUUGAUUGGUCUAGAGGUUUGGACAGAACAUGACCAGUGCAUCAUCAAUGAGGAACCAAAUUCAACUCUUUGGUCCUUCCUUCAGUGGAGACAGAAACUCAAAUCCCGCAAGAAACAUGACAAUGCCCAACUACUCACUGGUGUGGUUUUCAAGGGCACCACCAUUGGCAUGGCUCCACUGGAGGGCAUGUGCAGUCACGAGAACUCAGGUGGCAUCAACGUGGACCAUUCUGAAUUGCCCAUUGGGGCAGCUGCCACCAUGGCACAUGAGAUCGGCCAUAACUUUGGCAUGAGCCAUGACCAUGAGGGCUGUUGUGUGGAAGCUACUGCUGAGCAGGGUGGAUGUGUAAUGGCGGCAGCUACAGGGCACCCAUUUCCAAAGGUUUUCAGUCGCUGUAGCAAAAAAGACUUGGACAACUACUUCCAGAAGGGUGGAGGAAUGUGCCUGUUCAACAUGCCCAACAUGAAGGAUCUGGUUGGGGGCAAGAGGUGUGGAAACGGCUUUGUAGAGGAAGGGGAGGAGUGUGACUGUGGAGAACCAGAGGAGUGCACCAAUGAUUGCUGCCACCCCAGCAAUUGCACUUUGAAGGUGGAUGCACAGUGUGCCCACGGGGUCUGCUGUGAGGACUGCAAGCUGAAGCAGGCCGGCACCAUGUGCCGCGGACCAGCAGGUGCCUGUGAUCUGCCGGAAUACUGUACGGGAGGUUCGCCCUACUGCCCCUCUAACGUUUACCUCCUAGACGGGUCAUCAUGUCAGCAUGGUCAUGCCUACUGCUAUAAUGGCAUGUGUCUGACCCACGAACAGCAAUGCCUGCAGCUGUGGGGUUAUGGUGCGCAGCCGGCACAUGACGUCUGUUUUCAGGAUGUGAACGCUGCGGGGAACGCCUUUGGAAACUGCGGCAAGGACAGUCAUGGCAACUACAUGAAGUGUGAGAAAAGAGAUGCCAAAUGCGGUAAGAUACAGUGCCACAGUGCUGCCAAGAAACCAAAGGGCACCAAUGCUGUGUCCAUAGACACCACCAUCCGUACAGACGGCAUUGAGGUAAAGUGCCGAGGCACCUUUGUUUACAGCACCCAGGAUGGUCAAGGUGAUCUUCCAGACCCUGGACUGGUCAUGACAGGCACCAAGUGUGGAGAGGGGAAGGUGUGCAAAGAUCGCCGAUGUCAAAAUGCCUCUUUCACUGAGUUAGAAACCUGCAUUGCCCGUUGCCAUGGGCAUGGGGUGUGUAACAGUAAUGGAAACUGCCACUGUAACCGUGGAUGGGCUCCCCCCUUCUGUGAGAAACAAGGACUUGGGGGAAGUGUGGACAGUGGACCUGUGCAGUAUGACAGUCAGGUGGGAUUGGUUGUUGGGCUGCUCUUUGCUUUUCUAGUGCUUCUCCCUGCUGUACUUAUUGCCUUCUACUGCAUCAAGAUAAAAAGCUCCUACUACCACAAGUGGAGAACACAGAGAGAGAAGAGCAAAGCCAGCAGGAAUGAGGGCACCAUCGAAAAGGGGAAGAAUGGACACUUAAACCCUGCAUUCCAUUUGAAGGUGGUGGGACCAUCCAACGGAAAUGCUAACCUUAAGCUACCUCACACCAGUAAGGAGGUGCUUCCUCUGAGGCCAAAUCCAGCCUCCAACGGUACUCAGCCAGUCAAUAUUGUCCGUCCCCUCCGGCCGGCUCCGUCACCAUCCCUGAGCAACAUCAAAGGACCUCGACCUCCUCCACCUAUCAUCAAGCCACCCAACACCCAGCAACCCAAAUCUGUAGCAUCACCUCAGAAACUUAGUCCUCCCAAGAAGCCUCUGCCCCUCAACCCUUCUCGAACACCACUGAUGGUAUCAGAACAACAGCCAAGACCCCCAUCUACACCCCCGAAGAGGCCUCUUCCUCUCAGCCCAUCUCGUGGAGCACAGCCCAAACCCUCGGGUGGGGGGCUCAUGGUGGUGAUGCCUCCUGCAAUUGGCCCCAAGCCUGUGGGAAAGGUGACCGCCAUUCCCCCUUUGAAGGCAUUCCAACCUGUUUCAGGACCCAAACCACUCAUAGUUCCGUCCACUUUCCGAAAAUGACGCUUGCAGGAUUCAUUUUGAAAGACUGCAGCCAGCCUAUUUGCACUAAACAAGGACCCUUGGUGACUGUUACUAUAUGGAGCUGUCUCACAGGGGAUGGAAGAGCAUGGUGCUAGGGCCAUGGAUGAGGCCUCGCAAACCGGCGUUCAAACACAGUCGGGCACAGCAGAGAUGACGCGGUUUUGCAUGAAAACAUGCAAACUGAGAAAGUUUUGGAUUGACCAUUACAUUGCCAAAACUGACUUUUUAUCACCUUGCAAAAUUUUUUUACUUAUUUGUUGUUGCGUUUUAAUGUUAUGCCUUUGUCUUGUUUACAUUUCUUGUUUGAAUAUCAUCUAUUUGUCAAGUGCCAAAGAUGUUGUUUUGUUUAAUGCUUUGAUUGUUUAAUUUGUUGUACUGUGCUGUACGAGAUUUUGUGUUUGGUACAUAAAAUAUGUUAUACCUUUUUAGUAAAGACGCCAUGUUGUUGUGUUUGUCCUCACUUUAUUGCAGACUUUACAUCAGGUCUCAUUCUUUAUAUUAUCAGGUCAAAAAAAAAGAGAUUUGCAGUGAAAAAUAGGUUCUUGAAUAAUGGAAAUGUUUAAAUAAAAAAACAAAAACAAA